AUGAUACUUUUAAUCUUUAAAUACUCAAUUGAAAAAGAGAAAGGAAAGUUUAAAUAAUAGAAAAUAGCAUAAAUGGUUAUAGAUAUGAAGAAAUGGAAAAGAAAAAGUAAUUUAUCUUUUUUUAAAAUUUAUAUGUGGAAAUAAAAAUUCACAAAAUUUAAUCAAUACUUUAAUGAAUAUUAAUAAAAGUUUACUUUAUGCUAGACUGAGUUUGAAGCUUUGAAAAAGAAAGAUUAAAAGAAAGUAAACAUUAUAUAAAUUAUAAGGAAGUUAUUAUAAUAAGAUUAGAAAUAGUAUUUAGGAGUAAUGGAAUAAAAACUGCUUCGUCCAUUUAAUUUAUGGGUUAAACAAGAGACAACAGAACAUAUGAAUUAUUUUUACCUAUGAAGUCAUCAAUAAAAUAAAUAUAUAUCUGUAAAUAUAUAAUUUCCUAAUCAAUAAUUUAAAAUCUUUAAUAUAUUGAAUUAAUUGAAAUGGAGGAUUCUUUAGCAUACAAAUUAUGUACUCCCUUGCCUUUACCACCUUUAAAAAACACUUUAACUUAAUAAUAAAUCACAAAAGUCUGUUCUGACAUCACUUGUGAUAAAAGGCCAUUUAUUUAAUCUCCUGAAGAUCCAUAAUUAUUUCAUAACGAUCAUCUUACAAAGAUUAUUGAUGUUGAAGCAUUUGUAUUUCUUUAUUUUAUUUAAGGCCUCAUAAUUUUGUGAAGAAAUGUCAAGAUUGGCUAACCAAAACAUAGUAUUAUAUUAGGAAUUUAUGUAAAAUAAAGAGAAUGUCAGUUUGUUGUAGAUUUUAGAAUAAGGAGAUGUACAUUUACAAAAAAUUGAUGAAAUGGUUAUUAGAUAGAAAGUAAUAUUAUUAUUUAUAAUUCUAAGACUGAAUUAGCAAUUGAUAUUACUAAUCUUCAAGAAAAAAUUAUGGUUGUUAUUCAAUCUAUAAAGGAAGAGAAUAUGAAGAGACUUGAUAGUUUUAAUGAACAAUACAAAUAAUCAUUUAUCACAUUAAAAGCGAAUAUAGAUUAGUUUUUCCUUUUGUCAAGAUAGAACUUUUAUUAUUCCAAUUAAAAUACAUUUUAAUAUAAAUUAGCAUCUUUAGGUACACCAGAAGCCUAAUAAUUUUUAUCAAAUUUAAAGAAUCAUUUAAAUAAAAGUAAGUAACUUUCAUAAGGAAAUGUUACUCCAUUAUAAAUGUUAACUGAUUUAUAAACAUUAGCAAGAUUUUUAUUGUAAAUGACUAAUUCUCCUCCAAAUUAUGAUAAAUUACAAAAUCCGCAGACCAACGUAUUAGAUUCAGUUGUUAAUGAAGUAGGAUUUGUAUUAAAUAAUGUUGUAUCUGCAAGAUNAAUAGAAAAUAGCAUAAAUGGUUAUAGAUAUGAAGAAAUGGAAAAGAAAAAGUAAUUUAUCUUUUUUUAAAAUUUAUAUGUGGAAAUAAAAAUUCACAAAAUUUAAUCAAUACUUUAAUGAAUAUUAAUAAAAGUUUACUUUAUGCUAGACUGAGUUUGAAGCUUUGAAAAAGAAAGAUUAAAAGAAAGUAAACAUUAUAUAAAUUAUAAGGAAGUUAUUAUAAUAAGAUUAGAAAUAGUAUUUAGGAGUAAUGGAAUAAAAACUGCUUCGUCCAUUUAAUUUAUGGGUUAAACAAGAGACAACAGAACAUAUGAAUUAUUUUUACCUAUGAAGUCAUCAAUAAAAUAAAUAUAUAUCUGUAAAUAUAUAAUUUCCUAAUCAAUAAUUUAAAAUCUUUAAUAUAUUGAAUUAAUUGAAAUGGAGGAUUCUUUAGCAUACAAAUUAUGUACUCCCUUGCCUUUACCACCUUUAAAAAACACUUUAACUUAAUAAUAAAUCACAAAAGUCUGUUCUGACAUCACUUGUGAUAAAAGGCCAUUUAUUUAAUCUCCUGAAGAUCCAUAAUUAUUUCAUAACGAUCAUCUUACAAAGAUUAUUGAUGUUGAAGCAUUUGUAUUUCUUUAUUUUAUUUAAGGCCUCAUAAUUUUGUGAAGAAAUGUCAAGAUUGGCUAACCAAAACAUAGUAUUAUAUUAGGAAUUUAUGUAAAAUAAAGAGAAUGUCAGUUUGUUGUAGAUUUUAGAAUAAGGAGAUGUACAUUUACAAAAAAUUGAUGAAAUGGUUAUUAGAUAGAAAGUAAUAUUAUUAUUUAUAAUUCUAAGACUGAAUUAGCAAUUGAUAUUACUAAUCUUCAAGAAAAAAUUAUGGUUGUUAUUCAAUCUAUAAAGGAAGAGAAUAUGAAGAGACUUGAUAGUUUUAAUGAACAAUACAAAUAAUCAUUUAUCACAUUAAAAGCGAAUAUAGAUUAGUUUUUCCUUUUGUCAAGAUAGAACUUUUAUUAUUCCAAUUAAAAUACAUUUUAAUAUAAAUUAGCAUCUUUAGGUACACCAGAAGCCUAAUAAUUUUUAUCAAAUUUAAAGAAUCAUUUAAAUAAAAGUAAGUAACUUUCAUAAGGAAAUGUUACUCCAUUAUAAAUGUUAACUGAUUUAUAAACAUUAGCAAGAUUUUUAUUGUAAAUGACUAAUUCUCCUCCAAAUUAUGAUAAAUUACAAAAUCCGCAGACCAACGUAUUAGAUUCAGUUGUUAAUGAAGUAGGAUUUGUAUUAAAUAAUGUUGUAUCUGCAAGAUUGUAUAUUCCUUUUGGUAGUAACAAAGAAUUAUCUUAAGUAUAAACAGGAGAGAAUAAUUUACAAUUAUAAAUGGCAGCUAGAAAUAUAGAUAAGUAUUAAAUUAAUUUUAUUUAGUUUCUAAUUAAAACCUACUAAAAAAUUUACAAUAGGAACAUAAAUAACUUGUAUUUUAUCAAUUUUGGAUUAUUUAUUUGCAAUUGGUUCAUAAAAUGACAGUCAAUUAAGAAUAUUUGAUACAACAUAAAAGAAGAUAUCAGCAUUUUCAGGUCACAGUUAAAAUAUAGUAUAUCUUGAAAAGAUUUGCACUAGUGAAGCUAAUAGUAGAUAGUUUGUAUCUUUAGGUUAGGAUAAAUAAUUAAUUGUUUGGAAUAUAGAUGAUAUAAUGAUAUCAACAUAACCUAGAGUUUUUAGAAAGAUUUAAUUAUCAUAAAUGCCUAAUAAUGCUUUAGAUUUAAAGGAUAAUACUCAUAUAGCAUUUAGUGAUUUAAAUAGAGAUAUCAAUAUUUGUAAUUUCUAUACCUAAAAGAUUGGUACAAAUAAUACAAAACAUUUGAAUAAGAUAAAUGGAUUAACAUUAUUAAAGAAAGGAGAGAAAUUUAUUUCAUAUUCUUCAGAUUCAAUUAUAAAUAUUUGGAGAUUAAUGAAAUAUGGUUCAUCUUAAGAUCCUGUAUUAAUUUGUGAUUAGAAUUUACAUGAUCCUUUGUAUGGUUCAAUUAGUCAGAUAUUUAUAACAACUUAAUGGCCAGGUCAUUGUAUAAUUGUAUCAAAUGAAGGUGCAGUUAAAUUAUUUGAUUUUAACAAGUAUUUUAAGAUUAAUAUUUAUAUAGAAAUUGUAUUGUUUUCUCAAAAUUUGGGAAUAAAAAGAUUUUAAGUACUUUAAUGGAAAGUGUUUUGAUUGAAGUUUCUGAUUAAAAAAGUAUUAUUUCUAUUUUAUUAAUUUAAGUUAAUCCUCCUAUAUGGCUAAUUACAUUUAGUUUCAAUGAUAAUUUAGCAACUUAGCAUCAUUUAAGUAUAUCUCCUUAUGCUAUGCAUUCUUCUGACAUUAGAUUGGGACAUUAAUUAACUGUGGGAUAAUAAAUAUAUGGUAAACAUAAGGUUUAAUUAUUUACUUAAUCAUCUCCUACUACAAGUGGUAGUGGUAAAAUAGGCUCAAACAUUCUUAUGUUUAGUAGUGAUACAUCAGAUGAAUUAUUGAUGUAUGAAUUGAAAGGAAUUUGAAAGAUUGUUUAAGCAUUCAUAAAUAGUAUAUGCA